AUGGGGAAGAAAACAAAAAAGAAGAGUCGAAGUGUUGUUAAUUCGGGAGUUGCUGUACCUUUGUUGCCGAAAAAUGUUGCGGAAUCGGGCAACCCAACUAUUGAGUCUUUUGAUGAGGGAGUUUCAGUUGCAAAAGAGAGGAACUCUUGUCCUCAUCUUGUUAAAGGUGUGAAAUUAGAUAUAUUGUCUGGUAAGAUUGAGUCUUCUAAAUCCAUAAGGUGUGAAGAUUGUAGGGAAGGGGCGGCUGAUAGGAGGGAUGGUAAAGGAAAAGGUAAGAACGUGAAGAAGAAAGGUGGUGCAUCAUUAGAUUCCAAAUCAGAUUCGAAGUCUAUAUGGGUUUGUUUGGAGUGUGGCCACUAUACCUGUGGAGGUGUCGGGUUACCAACAGCCCAUCCUUGUCAUGCUGUUGGGCAUUCAAGGAAAACUAGACAUCCAUUAAUGGUUAAUACCGAAAAACCUCAACUUUGUUGGUGUUUUCCUUGUGACAUGCUUAUUCAUGUUGAUAAAAUUGAAAAAACUGAUGAAACAAGUCAUAUUUUGCCUGAUAUUGUGAAAUUGUUAAAAGGACGGUCAUCGGAAAAAUCGGAAAAAUCAAUAGUGAGUAUUGAGGAUGUUUCCGUUGGGGGCGGCAGUGUUACUGCAGAAAUUAAGUCAGGAUCUCUGUCCAUAAGUUACUCACAUGGACAAGGUGGUUAUGUAGUUCGAGGCAUGGUUAAUCUUGGGAAUACUUGUUUCUUUAAUUCAAUCAUGCAAAAUCUGCUUGCUAUGAAUAAAUUGCGGGAUGAUUUUCUAAAGAUAGAUACCCCUGUUGGGCCACUGAUCAGUUCGUUGAAGAAGUUGUUCACCGAAACAAACCCAGAAUCUGGAUUCAGAAACACUAUAAACCCAAGAUCCAUUUUUGGUUGUGUAUGUUCCAAGUCUCCCCAAUUUCGAGGAUAUCAGCAACAUGACAGUCAUGAAUUGCUCUGCUGUUUACUGGAUGGGUUGAGUACCGAAGAACUAGCAGGAAGGAAGCAGAAUGGUACUCUCAAAAGAGACGGGACCUCUUCCAAUACUUUAGUUGAUGCCUUAUUUGGGGGUCAGAUCUCUAGUACUGUAUGCUGCAAUGAAUGUAGGCAUUCCUCGACAGUGUAUGAGCCUUUUUUAGAUCUUUCACUUUCUGUUCCAACUAAGAAUCCUCCAUCUCGGAAGGCUCCACAAGUACCCCGAACGAAAAAGACGAAACUUCCACCAAAAAGAUUAGGAAAGUCUCGAGUCAAAGUUAACAAGGAUGCUGAUCCCUUACCUGUUCAAAGUGUACCUAGCCAAUCAUCAAGCCAUGAAUCAUCCUGCCCUGAUAACUCUAUCAUAUCAGUAUCUGGAGAAAUGGUGGUUUCUUCUGAUGAUUGUACGGUAUUAGGCUCUGAAGAAAUAAGCAGCGCGGCCAAUAAAGAGGACUUAUCUCAACUUAAUUUGGUUACCGUUGGAGAGUCUCAACAAAUUCAGGUGCUUGACAGUGUUGCAAAUAAAACGACAGGUUUGUCAGAUGAUUUUGCAUGGUUGGAUUAUGUAGAAGCUGAAACUGUGGUAGAUGAAUAUACUUCCAUAUCUCAGAAGGAAGAUGCACUGGAGGUACAGGACUCUGAAAACAAGGAUGAACGUUUGACUGUAUUUCCUGAACAAGCUAUUUGUGAAACCAGUGGUCCUGUUUGUUUCCUUCAGGAGGAUCAAAACGAAAGACCUGAUUUUUCUUCAUCAAAUGCUUUUAUAUCUCAGAAGGAAGAUGCACCGGAGGUACAGGACUCUGAGAACAAGGAGGAACGUUUGACUGUAUUUCCUGAACAAGCUAGUUGUGAAACCAGUGGUCCUGUUUGUUUCCCUCAGGAGUAUCAAAACCUAAGACCCGAUUUUUCUUCAUCAAAUGCGUGGGAAGACGAGGCUCCUAUACAAGUUCAAAAUUCAGAAGUGCUGUUACUUCCAUACAAAGAAGAAAGUUCCUCAGUCGGGGACAUCAUGGGAAGAGGUGGUGGUGAGGACUCCUCAUUUGUUUUGGGGGGUGGUCCAGAAGAAUCAGAGUUUGAUGUCUUUGGUGGCUUAUUUAAUGAACCCGAGGUUGUUGCUGGGCCUGCUCCCAGACCUUCUUCAUCCGGUGAUGUGGAAGCUGUUACUAUCAUUAGAAACAACAGUGAAUCUGAUCCAGAUGAAGUAGAUGAUACAGAUUCUCCAGUCUCUGUAGAUAGUUGCCUUGCACAUUUUGUAAAACCUGAGCUUCUUUCAGAUGAAAAUGCUUGGCAUUGUGAGAACUGUUCAAGAAUUUUCCAACGUCAAAAGAAGAAAGCAAAAAAGCAGGCAAGAAUUCUAUUUGAUGGAAAUGCAAGUGGUAGUCAUGAUGAAUCAUGUCGUGCAUCUAACUCGUGUUCUCUUAAAGUCAGUUGUAGAGGAAAUGGAGAUAUUAAAAGUGACAUGAAUAUAGAAAGUUCAGUUUCACAUGUUCGGCAUGGCACAGAGCUGCAUAAUGGCGAAUUACAGUCUUCAUCUUUACAACAAACUUGCAAGGAAGAAAGCAGCAAUGAUUCAGCUGCUAAUUCUUGUACUUCUGGAAAUGUCCAACAAGAUGCUCCAAUGUUAGAUAAUGAUGACAAUGACUCAGAAGAAUGCCGCGACAAAGAGACCGAAUUAGAAAGCAUGAGAGUGAAUAGGGAUGCAACUAAGAGGGUCCUCAUUUAUAAAGCCCCGCCUGUUUUGACUAUUCAUCUAAAGAGAUUCAGCCAAGAUGCUCGUGGCCGCUUUAGUAAAUUAAAUGGUCAUGUUGACUUCAGAGAAACAUUGGAUCUUAGACCCUAUAUGGACCCCAGGUGUAUAAUUGAAGAGAAGUAUGAAUACCAGUUGGUUGGUAUAGUGGAGCACUUGGGAACCAUGAGAGGCGGUCAUUAUGUUGCUUAUGUUAGAGGGGGCCAGAAGAACAGAGAGAAGGUCGAUAAUAAAGAAAACAAGAAUGUGAAUUCCACAUGGUAUCAUGCGAGUGAUGCUUAUGUGCGUGAAGUUUCCCUUGAUGAAGUUCUUCGAUGUGAGGCAUACAUUUUGUUUUAUGAAAGAAAUUAA